AUGCUGAAGUGGGCAGUGGGUCAGCGGAGGUCGGAUUGCGCCCCCCCUCCUCGCAAAACUCGCCGCUGCUCUGUUGGAAAAGAAAACUCAAACGUGAGCCAUCAUAACAUAGAAUGGGAUGGCAGCAGAGAGACCCUGUUCACUAGGCUGGAGCCGACCGCCUUGAGGGACGUCAGCAACUACCAUCGUCUUGGAGAGACUCCACCCCGAACACCUGAGAGGAGGACGAGUCUCAAGAGGCCGAGAAAAUCGGAAGAGCGGCUUCUGGAAUGGCGAGACGACUCCCCGGAGAGGAAGAAGCAAGCCUGCGUGUCCCCACUCAUCACCGCUCCUGUCCUCACCGGAAGCAAGCUGAAGUUGGACCCAGUCCGCAACCUCCUCCAGAUCGAGUUCAGCCCGAUCGUCUACGUCGACGAGUCGCCCAGCCCCGUCGAACUAGACCACAAGGACAUCCCUCUGCGGCAGGAGCAGAAGGAGAUCAUCCUCCGCACCCCUAAGGUGGACACCGUCCGGGAGGACAUCAACAAGAGGCUGAGCGAGGUGUCCCCGCUUGCGAACAAGUUCCACUUCCUGAAGCUGGGUGGCUUCCUGGAACCGCUGGAGCCGCCUUCGACCCUGAAGAGGCAGAGGGUGAUCCGGAGGCGGAGGAACGACAGGCACCCGAUCACCGCACUGACCCUCCCGGACGGAGUACCGAGCCCCUUCGAGAGCCCCGCGGUCAUGGCCAGGCUCCAACCAAGCUUCCUGACCCUGCCCUCGGGCAUCCCCAGCCCCGCCAGUCCGGGAGUGCACCCUCUGUCCGACACCUCCGCCACCUCGUCCACCAAGAUCUUCGACGAGGACGACGGCGUUUCUAGUCUAGGAAGCGCAGAACAGAGCCCUUUGCCGAUCGUGGAAGGUAAAUCUAGGAGCAGGAGGUGUCUCACCUUUACGUCACCGGUCAGGAAAAAACCUCAUCGGACGCCUUCUACCAGGCAACAGGGUGAACUAGAACUCAACAUGCAGUACAGUACCGGAGUCCUAACCAUACAUGUAAUCCGAGGAAAGAACCUUCAACCGCCGUCAGAGGGCACUAGCUGCAAUGCCUAUAUUAAGGUGAGCUUGGUACCUGGGCAAGAACGCACCAUCCAUCGCACCUGCGUCCGGAGGGACUCCUGCAAUCCGAGGUUCGAGACCAAGUUCCUCCUCGAGCUUACGGACGAGGAUCUGACGAAGAGAGUACUCGUAUCAGCCUGGCACCGCGACAGGGGCAACAGGAAAAGUGAGUUUCUUGGUUGUAUGUCAUUUGCAGUCAAACAUGUUAUAAAAAAGGACAUUUCUGGGUCCUUCAGACUACUAUCUCAGAGCUGUGGUAGAAUAAAAAAUGUUCCAAGUAUGACAAAUUCAGAAAAUGUUUGGCACCAACAAGCAGAUGUAAUGGCUAACCAAUCGGAGUCCAGCGUGGAAGAACUGUUAAGUGUAGAUGAAUCUGAAGUUGGUCCCCAGCAAGAUAAUCCUGGAGUGAGAGAAAAAAGAAAAAGUAGAGCAUUGAAAAAAGAUAUUGAACGAGUUCAUGAAGAUCAGAUAUUUUUAAGACAUCUUGAAUUGGAUCCUCCUGAAGAUGAGAAUACAAAAUCCGGUAGAACUCCUUUUACGACUACUAGGAUUCUUAACCGACAACCUGGAUGUAGUUUUGGUUUUUCGAUAGCAUGGACACAUCCUCCAAGGAUCGAAAGAGUUGAAUCAAGUUUACCAGCUGACCAAGCAGGAUUACGCCCAGGGGAUUAUGUAAUCUUUGUGGGAAAAACAAAUGUUGUUACCCUUCAGGAAGAAGAAAUUCUUCAACUUAUCAAGUCAUUUGGUGAUAGAGUUGUACUAGAGGUCUACCGGAAGGCUACAACGAACGGUGCGAGGACAUCAAUGGCUAUUAUCAAUCAGCCGAGGUCUUCGACCGCUUGUUCUGGAGCAACGACUGCGACUGCAUCAAUAGACAGGCGCAGGCUUCACCUCCCUCAGGUUACGUUUACGACAGAGCAAGGUUAUGAGCCACAGGAAGAGACCAGGAAGAAGAGUGUGUACCAGCUGUUGGGAAAAGAACAACAAUAUGCCCUUUGCAUGCAGUUCGGAAUUGCCAGGUUUUUAGUACCUCUGUCGGAAAGGAGAGAUGUGAUGUCGCAGACUGAGCAUGGUGUCCUCUUUCAAAAUGCUCAAGAGCUUUUAAGGCAUACAGAAGAUAUUUUGGAGUUGUAUGUACAAGAUGAAACGUUGGGACAGUCUCUGGGACGAAUAUAUUAUAAAAAGAUGAAUGCAUUAAACAAUGCAUAUAGGAGAUAUUGCAUCGGACUCAAGAAGGCAGAUUGUAUUCUUGUUGAAAAAACUCGAAAUCCUAACUUCAUGAAGAUUAUAACAGAGCCAGCGAUACCGAAAAGGCGACCAGACCUGACCACAUUCAUUCAUAAGCCGUUAGAGCAUUUCAGGGAAGUUCUAAAGCUACUUCAGACUGCUCUAAACACCACUAAAAUCAAAGAUGAAGAUCAUAUUGCUCUCUCGAAAGUUGUCCAUGAAAUGCAGACAACUUAUCGAGACAUAACGGUAGAGUCAGGUUUGAUGGAACCCGAGGGCGAAGGAAGACCCCUGCUCAGUCUCCAAGAUCUGGAAAGUAGGCUAGUUUUCACAAGGUGUAAGCCAUUCAUACUAAGUUCACCAGGUCGACAAUGGAUAUUUGGUGGAGACUUGAGUCGUGUGGAGGGUCGAUCCGUUCGACCUUUUUGGGCUCUUCUCUUCAGCGACCUUCUCCUGUUUGCCAAAGUGAGUCGUGACAGAGUUAUAUUUGUCACCGAAGAUCCUUUGCCCCUCAAUACAAUCAGCCAAGCUUUAUUUUCCAUUCGUAAAAAAGCUACUGAGUUCCGACUAUUGAUCAGCAACUCACCAGCGGGAGCAGAGAGUCCUGCCGUUGGGGGAUGUGCAGAUCUACAGCUCACGCGCACGCCCCGGAAAGGACCCAGGAGGAGGACUGUUGCUCUCAGGGCCCCGACUCCGGAACUGAAAGCGGUUUGGCAAAAUUUAAUUCAGAGGCAAAUAAUAUACGUGAACACUGCCCGAGGGGGGACCCCCGCUAGCAGCCCGAUGGAUUCGCCAGACCCACUGACGGCAGAUUCGAUGGAGUCGAUUACGCUCAAACGACAGGUUGAACCAAAGCCCGUAACUGUGAAUGAAUUGAUUGAGCAUCGUUGUCGACAGUUGGGCAAGUCGGGAAUGAGCAAAGGAUCGGCCCUGCACCUCUCGCUUUGGAUGAGGGGCCAGCUCGGAGAGGGCUCACCUGAAGAACUGUCCGAACCUGAGAUCUGGUCUCCGGAGAGGAUGAGGAAGAGAGUCCAAGAGCUAGGUGUGCCGUCGCGGGGGAGGAGUCUCUCGCGCUGUGAGGAAAUAGAUCUCUCCGAUCACAGCACUUCUGAUAGCCAAAUGACAGUAAGAUCGUUUUCUGGGAACUCUGAAAAACUAAUGGCUGUGUGUCGAAAAUGUCAUAAAACGUGCCUUUUGAACAAUAAUAACAAUAACACCAAUUUGAACAAUAACGACGUAACUAAAAGAAUUGACAUAAAUGCAAACUGUCCAAAAACUGAAGGAUUCUGCGACGACUGGGGAGAAUCGAGCAGCGCAGCUUUGAGCCCCAGCGAUCCGUUCUUGCCAGUUCCUCACAUCUCCGUCCAACCUGCGACCCCGUUAAACAAUAACUUUCCAUGGACCAGCAUAGAACUCAACAGUACAUCUUUUGACUGCGAUGGAGAAGGAGCAGAAAGCGACGGUGAAGUUCCUUAUAGAUCGUUGUCCCCGACUGGCCUCAAGAGGUAUGGCACCGUAAGCAGCCUGGAGAAGUUGGAUGGAGAAGAGUCUGACCAAGGCGAAGAAACGGAUGAUCUGCCUCAAGAUCAGCUCAAUCAGUAUGAAACAGUCGGUCAGUCAAUCAAAGGAUGGACAGUACGAGCAGGGACUUACGUUGUCGAAAAGAUGGCUUUCUUAGAAAGGAUCGGUGAAGACUCUCAUGGAGUAUCAUUUAUUGAGAGGUAUCUGAAGACAAAUCCCAGUUCGAAACAUUCGGAAGAAUUGAUAGCUACAUCAACAUCAUUAGCUGGGGAAGAUGAAUAUGAAACUUCUGGGGCUACUUCGGGGGAAGAAAUUUGGGGCACACCAACCAGCGGUGACUCGGGAGUUACUUCACCUAACAACGAAGACAAUGUUCAACAUUACGAUGGUACGGUGGGGACAGCGUUUGAUGAUGCCAGAGAACAGUUAAUGAUGGAUAAACUUUUAAGUGGAGUAAGUAUGAUGGGAAGUCUUGUUCCAUUGUGUCCUGUAUCCCGAGGAUUUCCUCAACGACGGAGAUUGGACCCUCUACCAGAGGAUGAGGAAGAGUCGACAGAAUCCAGCGCAUCGAGUGAAGAAGCGACCAAGUCUUAUUCUACAGAUCAGGGUAAUAAAUCAGACAGCUGCGCAGCAAAGGCAAAAUCGGCAACCAGCACACCACACCAUAGGUUCUUUAACAGGCUAAAACUACGCAGAAGCCAUUCUGCCGAUUCGAAGCCUUCUAGGCCGAGUAAAAUCAUGGAAUUUCUUCGUGGAAGCAAAAGUGAAGAACAUACCAGUAGCAGCCGGAGUAGAUUAAGUCGACUAUUUAGCAGAGAUUUACCUGAUGAUGUCCCGACAACCUUACCUCCUGAGUAU